AUGCAAUAUCCUUCGAUUCUGGUUUCAACUGGAGGCUCCAGGGCAUCCAGUUCUGUCAGUGGAAACGAAAAUUCGCCAUCUCAUCGAACACCACCUGGUUUGCCUGUAGCUUCUCGCCUUCUGCAAGGCCUCGGCCAGCCGGCAAAUAGUUUGACUAACGCGCAGCACCUGCCCAGCCAACGGCUAGCAGCCGCCAUUACUCCUGGAACUCGCUUGGGUUAUAAAUCUGCAUCUCCAGCCAAUGUUACCACUACAGGGGCUCUUGCUCAACCUACUGGUGGUUUCUUGGUUCGUGGCCGCCUAAAGACCGCAUUUUCUUCUUUUCGCCGAGUGUCUAGCACAGCCCUGCAGCCUUCCCCUCCUCCUGCAGCCGACGACAUAGCUAGCGAUCAAGUGAAUUGCCUCACAGGGCAGACCAAGGCAAACCGGCCUGUUCAAUCAAUCAACGCAACUGCUGGUUCCUCUUUUGCCUCAGGCUUUCCGUCUCCCUCAUCAUCUACAGGCCCGGAAACAGCUAUCUCCACUGGCCAAUCGGCUCCAAAGCUACCCACAGGCAUUCCUGGCCCGGGAUCCAACACGUCGUCAGCGAAAGCCCGCCAGGCACCCUCUAGUGUUGGGAGCAAAGGGACUAGCACUGGGGCUACUUGUGGUCUCCGACGGCCUUCUCCGGUUCCUGCACGUCGAUAA